AUGGCUGCAUCACAAACCACACAACCUAAUAAGGUAUGUCUAAACCUUAGAUCGAUACCACCCAAACCAAAUUUUUACAAAUUAAAUACGGAUGGUGCAACCCUAUGUAACACUGAUACAGAUGACAUCAGAGGAGUCAUUCGAAACCACCUAGGUGCUUGUAUUGUGGGUUUUGCUGGCCCAGUCACACAUUUACAUUGUAUCACAGCAGAGUUGCAUGCACUCAUACGAGGACUAAAUCUAGCAGUACAAAUGCAACUAUUGCCACUAGAAGUGGAAAUUGAUGCGCAGGAGGUAAUAAUACUAUUAGCUACAGACAACAUUAGAUAUACUAAUAUGAUUUCUGAUUGCAAGCACUUCCUCAGGAUGCUACAUGAUCCAAUAGUUCUACAUGCGUACAGGGAACAAAAUGGCAUAGCAGAUCAACUUGCAAAGUUAGGCAGUAGGAUGCAAUGCGAUGCUGCUCUACAAAUAUUUGUUGAACCGCCACUUUUUGUGUCCAGUCAGUUGCAGGCAGAUCAACUAGGAGCCACUACUCAAUGCAUUGUUUCAAUCCUAUGA